UCGGCCCGACGACAUCGGCCAGCUUCGUAGAGACACGUGCGUUUUGUUCGGUAGCAUCGUCGCUCAAAACAUCCCUCUGGUAGAUCGUCGGCGACCGCCGAGGCUGACGCAUCGCGGCUCAGUUGUUUACUCGGUCGUGCUUGUUUUCGUGACAUACUAAAACGGGCUUCCGUGAACCGUGUUUAAAUUUCCCAAACACUCGUUUCAUUUUCGAUCGUGAUUAAUUUUCAUUCAAGGGAAGAGUACAAUUUAUAGAUCACGUGGGUAGAAAAAAUACGGUUGUAUAGUGGCAAUGCGUAGAGCGCAUCGCGAAGGAGGGUGAAAAGUGCGACGUAUGUAAAUAGAAAAAGUGAGACACUGCGACGUGAGAUUCGUCUCGGAGAAGGGUUGGACCGGUUCCUCGAUGCGCCCUUCUUCGGAGGGCGCAACUUGUACGCGGGGGCAAGUCGAACAUCUCUGACGAAAGCUUACGGGACAGAGUAGGAUCGAACGGAGCGGAAGAGCCGCGAGGAAGGAAGCAGCAGGACCAUAGAAACCAGAAGAGAACCACGAGGGAGAGGAUCAUGAGGAAGUCUUACUUCAUCUUUAUAUGCCUGCUGGGCCUCGUUGUGAGCGACAACAGUACCAUAGGUGAUUCGAACAUCGAGGAUGUUUCAGAGGUAUCAGAAGCCAACAACAACCUCGACGUGGAUUCAGGAGAUCAGAGUGUCACAUGGGGCGAAUGGUCACCUUGGUCAAAAUGGUCCAGUUGCUCGAGAAGCUGCGGCGGUGGAAUUUCACGUCAGCAGAAACGUUGCAGGAGGAAACCGUGCAAGGGUAGAUCAUGGAGCACGAAAUACAAGAUCUGUAAUCCAGAGCCUUGCGAGAAACCGAGCGAUUUCCGGGCGGAACAGUGCGCCGCCUUCGACGACGUUCCCUACAGCGGACAAUUGUUGAAAUGGUAUCCGCAUUACGAUCCAAGCAGACCGUGUUCUUUGAUCUGCCGCGGUGAACAAUCACUAGAGAAUUCUGAGAACCGGCUUCGACAGGAAACGUCCGUCGAAAAGACGCUUCCGUACGACGCCACCGAGGCUUUGCAGCUCGACAGCGAAGAAACCAUUGUGGUUCAACUGGCGGACAAAGUUGAAGACGGCACGAAAUGCUACACCGAGGGUAUGGACGUUUGCAUCGGUGGUGAAUGCAUGAAGGUCGGCUGUGACCUGCGGGUCGGUAGCAACAAGAACACAGAUGCGUGUGGCGUGUGCGGUGGAAAUGGAUUGAGCUGCCAAUCCCGAUAUUCCUGGAGUUUGGAAUCGAUAUCAGCCUGCUCGAAAUCAUGCGGCGGAGGUUUCAAAAUAGCGAUGGCGGUGUGCAAAGCCAUCGGCCCGGACGAGAACGUGGUGGACGAUAGCUAUUGCGAUCCGGACAACAGGCCAGAGAAGACCCUGAUGCCGUGCAACACGCACCCCUGCACAGCAAAAUGGGUAGCUGGUGAAUGGAGCAUGUGCAGUGCCAGCUGCGGGGGUGGUUCAAGGACCAGAACAAUUUUCUGCACCGAGGAGAAUGGCAAUGAGACUACCAAGCUGCCUGACCAUAAGUGCAGCAGCACGCACAAACCAAGGAACCAGGAGACUUGUAACACCAUCUCAUGCCCCAUGUGGGAGACCAAUAAAUGGAGCGAGUGUUCGGUGAGCUGUGGCAGCGGAGCGAGGACGAGGACAAUCGAGUGCAGGGAUGCCGUUGGUUCCAUCUCAAAGGAUUGCGAUCCAGCCGAACGACCGCACACCGAGCAGGAGUGCAAAACAAACAUCCCCUGUCCAAUAUAUGGCGAGGAAAUGACGCAGCCGUUGAUGCAGCCGUACCCUCCUCCACCCAUGACAGCGAAAUUGAUCGACCAACCGAUACCCUCGGAAUCCACGUUCAUCGCCGAAGAAUGGUCACCCUGCAGUGUCACCUGCGGAGAAGGAAUCAAACAUCGAGAGGUCCGAUGCAAAAUAUUCCUCGAGUUCAGUCGAACCAUCGCUGAUCUACCGGAUCGACAAUGCUCGGGACCAAAACCGAUCGAAACGGAGAAGUGCGUAAUGGGACCGUGCAGUGCUAUAGAGAACAGUUUAACUUAUGGCAACUACACGGUCGGCGACAGUGGAUACGUCAAACCAAGUCUAACCGAUACGUACAGAUCCUCUGCAGUUAGUUCCAGCGGAAGUGGCUACGAUGCUGGUAUCAAGGUCGCUCCAGGAAGCGACGUGCAGACCACCUUCUCGUGGAAGGAAGCUGGUUACACAGCGUGCAGUGCUACCUGCCUGGGAGGUAUUCAAGAACUGAUAGUAAAUUGUGUGAGAGAUGAUACUGGCAAAACCGUGAUGCCUUUUCUCUGCACUUCAGAGACGAAACCGGAAGAGAGGAUAAGAGUAUGCAACGAUCAUCCUUGUCCCCCUAGAUGGAAUUUCAGCGAUUUUUCACCCUGUAUGAGCCCAUGUGGAAUCGGCAUACAAACGCGUGAUGUCAUGUGCAUACACGAGGUGACCCGGAGCCCAGGUAAGACGGUUCCGGUACCAAACCACAUGUGCCCCCAACCCCCUCCAGCAGACAGACAGUACUGCAACGUAUUGGAUUGCCCGGUCAAAUGGAGUACCGGUGAAUGGGGCAAGUGCUCAAGGUCCUGCGGAGGAGGCGUGAAGAAACGUAAAGUUAUUUGCGAGCAAAUAAUGGCCCAAGGUCGCAAACAAAGUCGAGAGGAUCGCGAAUGCCCGCCACAAAGACCUUCUUCGGAGAAACCCUGCAAUACCAUACCGUGUCAUAACAUGGAUGCUAGUUCCCUGCCGAUUAUUUCCAGCCAAAACACCACCUACAAUCAGACCGACCUGAGUGCGAAGGUAGACUUAAAGAUAGGAGGUAUCGCUAAAGUGUUUCAAGGCACGUCCUCCGUUAAAAUCAGAUGUCCUGUUAAGAAAUUCGAUAAGGCACAAAUCAUGUGGACCAAAGACAAGAAAGAAUUAAGGAAAUCGAGAAAGUAUAAGAUUACUAGAAAAGGGGCGCUAAAAAUAAAUGACAUAACAUCCUCGGAUUCCGGCGUUUAUGCGUGCAUAGCGGGAAACUCGCACGCAGAAACGCAGCUGAUCGUAAAAUUUCGUUCCAAGGAGCAACUUAGCAGCGAGGAGUAUCUACGACUAAGCAAUUCCGUCCAUCGACAACGAAACGCCAACUUGGAUUCGGCGCCAGCUAACUCUGGCGAAAAUCUGUACACCGAUCGUGCAGCAGCCGCUUACGGGAACCGAUUUGUUCCCAUCGAUAGCGAAGAUCUGAGUCACGAACGAGCAUUCCCUAGCCAACCGACAAGGAAACCGCAUCAAAAGAAACAGAAGAUCAACCCUACACCAGAUUCCACGAUGAUACACAAGGAAGUCACUUCGCUUAAUCAGCCAGGGUAUCACGAAUCCGUGGAAUCUACUGCACCGUCGAGUUCAGGUGCCUCUACUCUCGUACCGCACUUGUCCUAUUUUAUAUCCACUUUGAAGGAAUACUGGCCUUUCCAGAGCGACAGCUCUGUGGGAAGAUCCCACAGGAUAGCCCCGGUGUCCUUCAUCGAGGAAACAGCUGCGACAAAACGCACCACACCCGACAAGGAUUCCAGUUUCAGGUACCAGAACGUAGAAGAAAGCAUAGACAGCUUGCAUCGUAACACCGUCAUUCCUGAUGAAACGUUCGGACCCGACGAAGAGAGGAUAUUCAUCGAUGUUGAUCCUUACGAUUUAGAGGAGUCCAUGUUUGGACUGCAACAUAACGAACGAGCGAAGAUCACUCCUGUUACAAGUAAAGAGAAUUCAGUGACGUCUAUGAAGUCUAACAUCGAUUACGUGGAGGAAUCCCUGAAGAAUGUUAAAAGACAGUGGCAUGAUACUUCUGAAAUCAAGAAUCGUAGGAGUUCCACGGUUAACGAUCAAAAUAAGGAAGCGACUACUUCAGAAAAUAUUGGCUUAGAGGUUUAUUAUAUUCCUGAAUCCAGUACCAAACAGGAGAUUGAAAAAUCUAAAGAAAAUUCUGCCGAAUCUUAUGACAGAAACAACGAUCGAAGGAGCUAUGAGGAUGUUUCUUCAACAAUGUCGCUCAAGGAUGUAGAGGUUGGUUCAAAGGAGGACAGUGAAGAGGAGAAAGAGAUUUUGAAUAGAACGAAGGAAUACGAGAAAAUGUUCGAAGAUGAGAUGAAGAAACAAAAUGUCUACGUUGAAAAUGACACGGUUGACGAUGGUACAACGACCACUAGAGACCUAGAAGAAGAUCUCAUUGAUUUAGCUAUGACGGAGGAUCGAGGAUUCGCGGAGAUGGAGAAGAACAUAAGGAAUCUGUCGCAGGAUCAGGAAGAUCGAAACAAUUCGUCCAAAGAACGUACUGAUUUUCAAGAACGCUCAAACAACGAUGACACGAAUAAAACAAAGUCAUUGGAUCUCGUGAACACCACGAUUGGUAUCACCAAUGUCACUAUUGAUUCUACAAUUGCGUCUCUUACUAUUUUAGACACUACGGAGAAUCUGGUUUUUGAAUGGGUCACGACUGACUGGUCAAAGUGCUCUCAGACUUGCGGAGGUAGCGGAUUUCAGAUGAGAGGAGCACAGUGUACAGUGCGUGCAGCGAAACCAGUAGGAAAUACGACCAGGACACCUCCAAGAACCGUAAUAGGAGCUACAUUGUGCAUAGACGCUGGACAUCCGGUGCCUCAGAAAGUGAGACCCUGCGGAUUUGGUAAAUGUCCUCAAUGGCACACGAGUGAAUGGACCCCUUGCGAAACGUCCAGGUGCUUUAACUGGAAAACAGCGAUGCAAAGACGCGACGUUACCUGUCUGAUCGAGGAAACAGGAAAAGGGCAACGUAACGUCACCUUGCUCGAUCCCAAUAAAUGCGACGAUACAACUCGACCAUUGCAGAGACAGGAAUGUUACAAUGAUGCUUGUAAAGGUGUUUGGAGGGUGGGUGAAUGGUCCGAGUGCACUGCAGCCUGCGAGGAAGAUGGCAUUAAAUACAGGAUCUUGCAGUGUGUCUGGUAUGGAACGAAGAAACCAGCCGGAAACGCGUGCAGGGAUAUUCCACGACCUCCGGUGAUGAAAACGUGCAGGGGUCCUCCGUGUCCUCAAACGCCUGACGACUGUAAGGACCACUCGAAAUUGUGCAGCAGAGUAAAGACGAUGAACAUGUGCAGGGUACCUCUUUAUCAAAAACAAUGCUGUCAGUCGUGUCACUAGACGCUAGGAGAAAUUCAUAGAAAUUGUUGAUAAAAGGAAAAAAUUAGGUAGAAAUUCGAUGAAAUGGCGACGACAGAGAAGGUUAUCUUCGCAAUGUUAUCUUCGUGAAAUGCUCACUGAUACGCUUGUUUCUUUAUAGGAUAUAACAGCAAAUAAAGAGGAAGAUGGAAUGGAACGUCGAACACGUUCGUUGCAUCCAAAUGCCCUCUGUUACAAAAUGAUGUAAAAAAGUAUUGAAGAAACAAUGUCGACCAAGUUACUUCCGUUGGUAAUUGUUCCCCGAAUCCUGUCACCCUCGAACAGUGUUCGCAUCCGAGUACGGGUUCUUCUUGACCCGGUAAAAAAUCCGAUUCCUAAUUGUGUGCUAAUUAAAGCUAUAAUUUUCAAACGUGUGUAAAAGUGUAGUUUGGCACGACUCCUAAUUGCGCACGCUCACACCCUAGGGGAGAGAACGAAGGAAUAUUCCGGCAUUCGUCCAAAAAGUUGAGAAAUUAUAUUGUUGAAGUUCAAUGGGAAUGAAAUAAUAGAAAAAUGAUAUUUGGUUGUUGCAUAUCAAAUAAAUGAUUUUCAAGUGUAUUUUUAGGACAGAAAAGUAUCUUACAAUUGGACUGAUACAUCAAUGACCCAUGCUUGUAAUGAAAGGACUUUACAUAUUGAAAGAAAAAUUGUUAAAAGUCGAGUGUAAAAUUUAGAAAAUAAAAAUAUCCGUCGUCCGAGGGCGAGAAACUUAGGAUCUCUGCACAGUACAUAUGCAUCAGAGCCGAAUUGAGGUAUUAUUUUAAAUUACUUAUAUAAAUUUUAUUCAGGACAGUUCCCGGUGGUAUUAUUUAAUAUAAAUAUCGUCCAUUUGAUCUGCAAUAACUCAAUUAUAUGUAUAAUGGUAUCCUCAAAGGAAUCACGCGACGUAUAUAAACGUUGGUGUAUCGAAAGACGAGCAUUAAAGCUGUUCAAAUUUUAGAUGGAAAAUGUUACGAAUAGAGAGAAAGAAAUGAACAGAACGGUAUAUGUUGAUUGCGCUGUUAACAGGCGGCACAAAAAUUCAUUUUUCUCGAGGCUUUAUUUUUUUACGUGUAUUCCUUGUAAACCACACAAUACGAUCGAUCUCUCUCGAUUGAUUUUCGAAAAGAUGCGUGAAAUCAUUUAUCUUGCUAAGACUGAAAUACCGUAUUAAUUUCUUUUUCAUCGUUCUCAUCGGACUCUCUGCCUUUUCUGUUCGUUACGUCCCAAAGAGUCUUUACAAACAUUCCUUACAGGAAGUAUAUUUGUAUUUAUUGCGACGUGUUACCUCUCUUUAAGUUCGACGAUAUGCGAUAUAAUAAAUUAUUAAUGAAACGAUGUUUAGUUAACAAAUGAUAAAAGUAUAAAAGUUACUAACAACACGUAAGUUAUAAAUGAAUUAUUAUGCGCCUAUAAGCGCCUCGUCGGGCGAACGUAAGCCAAUAGAUUCUAAGCAAUAAAGUAUAUAAGUAUUGUAAUAUACUAUUUUGUUAAUAACCUCUGGCGAAAAUUCGUUAACACGACGUUGCCAUUGUUAAUCGAGACGGUUGAAGAAAUUCAUUUGUUGUGCCUCUGAUUGGUAUUUAAACUUGUAACCAAUUAAUCUGAUCCGUAAAACUAUCGGUAAUUUCACUCUAAAAAUAUUUUCAGAAAAUAUGAUCGGUUUCGUACAUAAAAUAUUAAUAUUUUCAUUUAUUUCAAAUAGGUUCUCUACGGUACUGUGAACAGAUUUUCGCUAUCAACGAAUUUGCCUCAACACAGCUAGACAGUUUGCCAAAAACGAACUGACGUGAAUGAAAAUGAGAUAUAAAUAAAUUAGUAUAUUAUUGAAAUCGAGAAAAAAGGUAUAUAUAUAUAUAUAUAUUACAAGCUACAUAAGUUAUAUGAAAGCACACGCGGAUAAAAAACAAUGACUUUCACCACCUUAAACGCAGGUAUU